AUGACCUCACUAGACUUUAUAUCUAUUUUACCCCCUCUAUUGUGCGGCAACACUUCUUUUGGUGGCCAAGUUGUCAUGCGAUCUCUUGUGGGUGGUCGAGAUUACCAUGAUGAAUUCCAGUUGAAUCGAGCCCCGGCUCUACACGGACAACUGUCCCAAAGUUCAACUGUGGCUCUCGUGGUGGCUUUGACCCCAUCUCCCGUGCCACUGGCCACGCCCGCUUUGCCACAUUCCAGAUCACUGCCUGUGACACAGGAGGCACCACCACCUACAAGGUACCCAACAGUGUCGCCAGCUAGUGAAGAGCUUGUUGUCUCCGAUUACAGGUACCAGUUCUUUGGGACUUCUGACUCCACAACAAUAAUGACAUCGCAUGAAAUGAUGGCCAGGGCCCAAGCCACGUUUCCUCCGAAGUUGUCUCUGGCCCUGAAUUCGCCCCAUGAUCUGCGUCCUUUCUUUGAAGCUUUCCCAAAAGCCCAACUGCUCUGGAUCCUUCUUUGCGAGCACGAGUUUGUGAAUUUCCGUCCACUCCAAGAACCUUUGCCACAAGACAAAGACCUACCUGCUGCUGCUGUAUUGAACCGAUGGAGCCGCAUGUUUACAGCCUGCCUCCUUCAUUACGACCUUGACAUACCUUCCGCUGUCCGAUUUGUUGGAGGUAUCCACACUGGAGUCCACCAAAACUGGUCCACACUGGAACCUUUGUUGUACCGCGCUUCCGUUGAUGAAAAGGUGAUUGUUGAAUUACAACGGACUUUCCUUUUGGGAGCUCCUAAGGUCUGUAACGCCGAAUCCACUGAUGAGAACUUCCAUGACUACCUUGGUUAUGGAGAUCAUUCAACAGUGCUCCAAGAUAUUAUUAAGACAAAAUCAACUGUGGAGAAAGACUUCAUGCGAUCAUACACCCUUGUGGCCAAUCCAUUGCUGUCUUUUUUCUUGCGCCAUUGUCAUUUCACCCCAAUUGGAAUGGUUGACUUGAACAAGCCAUACAAGAGCCCCUCUCUGAUCUUUGAUUCCACUUUUCAUGUGAAGUAUACUUCCAUGGCCAUCAACGAUUGGACAACCAAGAAGACCGAACCACCACUCACGUUCGCCGAAACCUUCGACCGUUUCUUGGUCAGUAUCUACAACGGCCGGAUUUCUUCUCCAGACCAAGAGAUAUACCUUGGGGAUGAUGAUGUGUCUGGAGCCUUUCGUCAUGUGAAAUGGCACCCACAAAUGGUCGGGAUGCAUUGCUACCGUAUCUUUGGCCAUGUUUUCUUUUCUACUGGACUGACCUUUGGAGACAAUACCUGUCCUCCAAAUUGGGACACUGUCGCAUGUGCCCGGAAACAACUUGCCCAAUACUUUUGGAACCAACCUGAUACCAUCACAGCGGUGUCCGGACUCAUCCCCACCGAGAUCAAGACUACUCCACUUCCGUCACCGUCGGAGAUUCGAGAUUUCACCCCAGCUGAACCCAAUUCCAGGCACCGUGGGGUCUUGAAUGCAGAUGGCAGUUGCAAGAGCCCCCUAUAUGAUCAUCACAUGGAUGACGUCUUGCAUAUGGAGAUUGGAAAAAAUCUGAUGCAGGCUGUUUGUGCAAGCAUCCGAGCCUUGUAUUCGAUCCUUGGUUUCCCUCACCCAGCCAAUGGUAUUCGGGAUUGCGUGUCUUGGAAUAAGUUUGAAGAAACCUUCUCCCAUCAGCGGAAGGUAUUGGGUUGGUUGGUUGAUUCACGUCGAUUGACUUUCUCCCUUCCAGACUACAAGCGAGACAUCCUGAUCGACUUUAUCACAAGUGCCGUAACUCGUCGCCAAUUGCCGAUUUGUGAGAUCGCUGAACUUCUUGGUCACAUCUGCACCGCGACCAAAGCUUGUCGUUGGAUGCGAUGUUCUUACUUCAACUUGGAACAUUAUUUGCGAGUCAUUUUGAAAGCACACUAUUAUGCUAUGAAUAACUCCAAAUCUCCAGGUGCGACCACUGCUCGCCAGUCCCAAAAAGAGCGAUUGGAGACCCAAAUCCCCUCCAAGUUUUGCCAUCGCCUGGAAUCAUUGGUCAGCAAGCAUAUUGCCCAAGCCCUCUGGGGUUCCACAAAGAAAUACAAUCUCGGCACCGAAACACUCCGAGAACUCCAUGUUAUCCGAUCUAGUCUUCAGACUGAACAGUGGGAAAUCUACAUUCCCCAGUACAUUCAACGCGACCCGCAUUUCUUCUCCGAUGGCGACGCUAGCCAAAAUGCAGGAGGAGCCGUGUCACAGUCUCUUGGCUAUUGGUUUCGAGUGAUGUGGAGCCCCGGCAUACGUGGUGGAGCGACGCACAUAAACUGUU